AAUCUUUCCACGCAACUUUCUGUUCAUUAGCAUUUUUUUUUUUAAAAAAAAAGAAAAUACAAAUAAAUUAAUAAAUAUAUGAGCAGUCAACAAGGAUUCGGUUUCAAUCAAAGUUUUCCUUUUGGAAAGAGUGGUUUCCAGAACCCUGUUACAACGACAUCCACAAAUCAGGCAUUCGGAACUUGGCAAAGUCCCGGUUUCGGUCAACAAGCUCAAACAUCUUUUGGAAAUUUUGGUCAACCUGGACCUUCAACUGCAUUUGGCGGAUUCGGUCAACCACAACCACAAACUAGUUUUGGAUUUGGGCCAUCAUCUGGAAGUGGAUUUGGAUUUCCGGGACCUUCAAGUGGGUUUAACACGCAGCAAAAUGCUGCUCCAUUCGGUAUUCCAGGUCCUUCCAGCGCAACUAGUCAAGGUACUGUGUCAUCAGUGCCAAACAUAGAUCCACGAUUGACGGGUACUCGAGAACCAAAAUUUGAACCAUUCAAAGAUAACGAACCAACAGGACUUCAAAUAUACCAGAGCAUGACAGCUAUGAAAGAAUAUCGUAAAUGGUCUUCUGAGGUUAAAAUCUCUAUAUUUUUUUUAAUUAAUUUUCGUAACGGAAUAUUGAUUCAUAUUUUAUGUUUUAGGAAUUGCGAUUAUAUGAUUACGAACUUAAUCGUCGUCCUGGAGUUCAACAACCACAAAUAACUCAACCUGCACAAACCGUGCCACCUACUAUAAAUACGAAAACAACAAUACCGUUUCAAUUUCCACAGCAACAACAGCAACAGCAACAACAACAGCAACAACAACAACAACAGCAACAACAACAACAAC